UCUUUCCUCGGCCUCGAGAAUUCCACCUCGAUGCAGAUUGUUCGUGUAGGAAUUUGUGAUCCUUAGCAAUCUUGAUUAGCGCUUGCAGCAGCCGUCGCGAAUUUUCAGCUUCCUAUUCGGGUCGCCGUGGAGAGAACUUUCGCGCACCUUCAUUUGGUUUGUCCGUCUUCAGUGCGAUGGUGAUUUGAAGCAGCGAAUCGAGUGGGUCUUGUUUGGCUUAUUGGGUUUAUUGGGUUUUGCGGUCUUGUUCGAAUCCUGCCCUUGACGCUGCGGAACUCGUGCCAUGAUGUGUGCCGUUGCAUCGAGAUCGCACCGCGUGCACUGCUCCACUGUAGUUCCUCUGCCUCUGGGAUCUUGGAAGGUGAAUAAGAGGCCAUGCGGAUUUUCUUCAUUUCCGGAUAAGCAUUUAGUUGGAGGCAGGGUAAGGAUUUUUCAAGUACCUGGUGCAGAUUCAGACAUAUGUGACAACUCACAGAAUAGAAAACUAUCGCCAUGCCGAGCACAAUUCGAUGAGAGACAGCCAUCCAGGAUGAACAAUGAGGAGGCAUUUUCGAGCGAGGAGAAAGAGGAGAGCUUCUUCGAGCGGUUGGUGCGCGCAUGGGCUAUUAUUUUCCCAGUGAAAUCUAACCCAUCGUCAAAUGCAUCCAUCGCUAAACAGCGCCUCAAAAUGAUUCUUAUUUCGGAUAGAUGCUCUGUGAGCGACGACGCUAAGAGGAGAAUUGUGACCAACAUUGUGGGGGCUCUCUCUGAUUUUGUGGAGAUCGAGUCCGAGGACAAAAUCCAGCUAAACGUUUCCUCUGAUCCUGAUUUAGGAACAGUCUACUCGGUGACAGUACCUGUUCGGAGGGUGAGACCUCAAUACCAGGAGUUUAGUCAUGAGCUUGUGAAUACAGAGCUCAGGUCAUUCGACUAUGAGGAAGAAGAGGGCAAUUUCCGCAUGGUAGACAUUCGUUUUGAAUAUCCAGACGUUUUCCACAAGGAGGUUGUUCCGGAUGCUUUCCAAGAUGAUGAUGAUGAUGUGCAGGGUAGUGAAGACGGAUCAACUUCAAAUUUGCCCGACUCUUAGCUUCUUUUCUUCCUGAAUAGAAUACGUGCGCUCGCGUACCCACACCUACAUACACACAUACACACACACCAUGAUCUGUGGUAAUUGUUUGUGUUGUAAACACAGAAUUUCUUACCAUAUGGACAUGAGCAACAGAAUCCAAAGUGAGAUUUGUUUCCAAGAGGAUGCCAAACUCAUAGACCUUCAACGUAGUGAGUUUUUGAGAAAAUCUUCAGCAUAUUUCACCCCACAGACAGCCUUGAGAUCGGUUUGGUGUAUGACGGAGCUCGUUCACUUAGAUUAUGAGAUGAUGCAGAGAUUAUACAUCUACUUCUCUCAAAACCUCUGGCAUGGAUGGUAGGCUUCCUUUUUUUUCAGUGCCCUGCUGAAACAGUUGAACACUUUCAUGUAGAGACUGACUUCUGUUGCUGCUAACACCUUACACCGCUUCACAACGAUCAGUGUAGCUGUGGUGAACUUGACCAGAACUCUAACUGUACGUACCCUUGAUUCCACCAACUGGAGAGUCAGAAUCGAUAUGGUUUCCAAAUGA